GCAACCCGCGGCUCGGGCCGUAGAGCUGAAAAACUUGUUGUUGUCUGGUGAAAAUGGCGUCAAACGUAGAGGCCCCGGAACGCUGGUAUCUCGCCCUCCUUGGCUUUGCGGAACACUUCAGAACCUCCAGUCCACCUAAAAUACGACUCUGCGUUCACUGUCUACAGGCUGUGUUUCAGUUCAAGCCUCCGCAAAGGAUCGAGGCCCGGACGCAUCUCCAGCUGGGCUCGGUUCUGUACCAUCACACCAAGAACAGCGAGCUGGCCCGCAGCCACCUAGAGAAAGCGUGGUUUAUAUCUCAACAACUUCCUCAAUUCGAAGAUGUCAAAUUUGAAGCUGCGAGUAUUUUAUCGGAGCUCUUUUGCCAACAGAAUCUGGUGGACUCUGCUAAGCCCCUGCUUCGUAAAGCUAUCCAGAUUUCCCAGCAGACUCCAUACUGGCACUGCAGGCUGCUGUUUCAGUUAGCGCAACUUCAUACCCUGGAGAAGGACUUGGUGUCAGCAUGUGACCUUUUGGGAGUUGGUGCCGAGUAUGCCAGAGUUGUGGGUUCAGAAUAUACCAGGGCUUUGUUUCUUCUUAGUAAAGGAAUGUUGCUGCUGAUGGAGAGGAAGCUGGGCGAGGUGCAUCCUCUUCUCAGUCUGUGCGGGACCAUAGUUGAAAACUGGCAGGGAAACCCCAUCCAGAAGGAGUCGCUGAGAGUCUUCUUCCUAGUACUACAAGUCACACACUACCUGGAUGCUGGACAGGUAAAAAGCGUGAAGCCGUGUCUGAAACAGCUGCAGCAGUGCAUUCAGACCAUCUCUACACUCCAAGAUGACGAGAUUCUUCCCACCAACCCCGCUGACCUCUUCCACUGGCUGCCAAAGGAGCACAUGUGUGUUCUCGUAUAUUUGGUCACGGUAAUGCACUCCAUGCAGGCGGGCUACCUGGAGAAAGCCCAGAAGUACACAGACAAGGCUCUGAUGCAACUGGAGAAACUCAAAAUGUUGGACUGCAGUGCCAUCCUUUCUACCUUCCAAGUUAUUCUGCUGGAGCACAUCAUCAUGUGUCGACUGGUCACAGGCCACAAGGCCACGGCUUUACAGGAGAUUUCACAGGUGUGCCAGCUGUGCCAACAGUCCCCCAGAUUAUUCAACAACCACGCUGCUCAGCUACACACACUAUUAGGUUUGUACUGCAUCUCUGUGAACUGUAUGGACAACGCAGAAGCACAGUUUACCACGGCGUUGCGGUUGGUGUCUCCGUUGCAGCUCACCACGCACCAGGAGCUUUGGACUUACAUUGUAACCAACCUGGCCAGCGUUUACAUCAGGGAAGGAAAUCGACACCAGGAGCUAUACGGCUUAUUGGAAAGAAUAAACCCUGAUCAUAACUUUCCAGUCAGCUCUCACUGCCUCCGUGCUGCAGCUUUUUACAUAAGGGGACUCCUGUCCUUUUUUCAGGGACGCUACAAUGAGGCAAAACGUUUCCUUAGAGAAACCCUGAAAAUGUCGAACGCUGAGGAUCUGAACAGACUCACAGCCUGCUCUCUGGUUCUGCUGGGCCACAUUUUCUACGUACUGGGCAACCACAGAGAAAGUAACAACAUGGUUGUACCUGCCAUGCAGCUGGCCAGCAAAAUCCCUGACAUGUCUGUGCAGCUCUGGUCUUCAGCGCUGUUGAAAGACUUGAACAAGGCCCUUGGAAACAACAUUGAAGCCCAUGAGGCUGCACAGAUGCACCAGAAUUUCUCCCAGCAGCUGCUGCAGGACCACAUCGCCGCCUGCAGCCUCCCUGAACAUAACCUCAUCAGUUGGACAGAUGGCCCCCCUCCUGUCCAGAUCCAGGCCCAGAACGGUCCCACCACGAGCCUCGCAAGCCUGCUAUGAAGAACCCACAUGAUGCAUGCAAUUGUAGCUGGUAAAUUACCACAAGCAGCGAUUUGAUGCCUAAAAACCUGCUAUCCACAACACUGUAGCUUAAAAUAAAUCUUAACAAGCGACCGGUUGGACAUUCACUUUAUUUGCUUCAGAGGAUUACUUCCGAUUGCCUGCUUGUAUUUUUAUUUUUUUUUUUGUUCUAAAGUUAUCAACUCAUAACACUCUGAUGGCGUGGACUGUGGGGGGGCAGGAUCCCGGUGGGACUCCUGGUUUAGGAGGACGGACACAUAGCAAUGUAUAAAAGUUUCAUUGCCUCAGAUAUAGGGAUAUAAGUUUGUCAGGAUUAUUUUUUAUUUCCAUAUCUUGGAAAAGAUCCAGUUAGAUAAGGGGCAGUAAAAAUAUGUAGAAGAAAUUAAUUUAUUCAUGUUGCUAUUUUUGUAACUGUUGAUAAAUAUUUUACAUCUUGCCUUUUUUUUUUGUAUGAAUGCUGUUUUUCUCUCCCAUGUUUGGAUGUUACUAAUGUGGACGCCCUGUGCUAUAGUCUCUCAGCUGGGUCGCCUAUCUUACAUUUUUGAUGAUUCUUUUGCACAAAAUCCACAGUAGGAAAUAUAGACCUGUAACUUAUCUUAUAUUCAUUUGAAAUGUUUCAUAGCAAAGACAAAAAAGCAGCAUAUGUUGUUUUGAUGCACAAUCCACUGUGUUUAGGAGAUGCUUUUAAAUACUAGUAGAAUUUAUCAUAUUAUCACUAAUACCCUUUAAAGAGUACACAUUUUCUCAUGUAUUUGUUUUAGGUUUAUUUCUUGCUAUAGUUUUUUUUUUUUUCUUUCUGCAAAUCAGAUUUUUUUUUCCCCCCAGACAUUGAAAAAAAUAUAUAUAUUUUAUUGUCCUAAUUUUUCUUGAUAGUCCUACUAAUUGAUCUUUUCAUGGUUUGUUUGUAUAAAUUUACCACUUGUUAAACCUUUUAUUGUACAGUGACAUUUUCUAAAUUCAAUUUAGUAAAGUGUGGUAUGUAUUAGUUUAGCUAACCUAUGUAGGUAUCCCAUGGCUUGGUAUUUAAAGCACUGUAAGAGAUGGACAUGCAGUUUAAGCUUCAGUACUAGCCAUAUUUUAUACAAUGCCUCUGUUUUUAAUUCCUAACAUUGUUUUCAAUGAUUUUUCCAAUAAAAAACAUGAUUUAAAUUA